AUGGCUGAUCCGGUGAAAGGAAUCUGCGAUGAAACUGGAGUUUCUCGAGAAGAAGCACUCUUUUACCUCGAAGGAUUCGAAUGGGAUUUGGAUUUGGCGAUGGAUGCUUGCCGCCUCUUACGGUUAAAUCAAUCUUCGCCGGAGGUUUUGGUGAACGAGAAAUAUGCGUCGCGGAAAACGCCGGAGAAAGAACCGUCUCAAUCUAAUAAUCAACUUAUCGAAACAUUGAUGGGAAUGGGAUUAUCUUCACAAUCGAGAGCUACCCAAAGCAAUAACAAAUCGAGAGCUCUUCAUCUAGAAACCUGGAAUUUGUUGUGUUUUGGUGAUUUCUUGAUUCCCAAGAAACCUGGAAUUUGA